AUGGAUCGCAAAUCACGGACAUCACGAUCAGCAUCGUUGGAAGAGACCAAUGAAGAGCUCAGUCUUUGGAAGCAAAUAUGCACCUCUCUCGCCAAAUUGGAGAACAUCCAAAAGGAAACCGAAUCAGUCUUGAACAAUAUCAACAAGAUCCACCUUGCUGUCAAUUUUGAUGAAGGCAUCUCGUCCACGUUGUCUCAACGUCUCAAGGAGUAUUACCAGAAUGGUAUCAGCUUGUCAUCCACCGAGUCAAGGACCAUCAACGAUAUCAUUGAGAAAGUAUCCGUCUUGAUUGCAUUGAGAGAAGCAUCCGAAAACAGUAAUGAGCAAAAACGCAAGAAACGGAAAACUGAAGCUGAUGAGCUCAAGCAUGCAUCACCUGGAUCAGGCAAAAAAUCCAAUAGUGACAUCAUUCUUCCUGGUAUCACGGUCGCUGCCAAACAACCAAAGCAAAAGGAUAAGAAUGAGGAAUGGAUCCUUGCAGUGGUUAUCAGCUUUCAUCCCGACAAGAACAAGUAUCAUGUUGAGGAUAUAGAUCAAGAUGAGUCUGGGCAAAAACAGCGAUACUUUAUACCAUCAAGGCAUGUUAUUGCCGUGCCAGAAAGCCAUGAGAUACGUCACCUUCCAGAGCUCAAAGCAGGACAAGAUGUGCUAGCAUUGUAUCCGGGAACGACUUGCUUUUACAAGGCAACGGUGAUACUACCCCCAAAACAGAACAAGGAUGUUAGCUCGCCGGGUACUUACAAAGUACAAUUCGAGGAUGACAACAAUGAAAUGAAAUACGUCAUGCCAGGUCAUGUUCUUGAAAUGCCAAAGUCAAAAUAA